CUGUUUACCGAACGUUGGGAUGACGUCAUAUGGAAGCGACGCAGGCUUUUUCCUGGCUUGGUAGCGAGCAUGCGCAGAUUGCGGAGUCCUUGGCCGGCUGAGUCGUCCUGAGAGCGGACAGAUUCAGAAUGCAGAGCUGCAAACAGCUGUACCGUACCCUGGCCACGCGCGGCCACCUCUCCUGCAAACUCCAGGGUGCGUCAGUUCUGUCUGUCAGAACAUAUGCUGACAAAGCUGCAAUCGAUGCUGACGUGACCGUGGUCGGCUCUGGUCCGGGUGGCUACGUCGCUGCCAUUAAAGCAGCCCAGCUUGGCUUUAAGACGGUCUGUGUUGAGAAGAAUGUCACGCUGGGUGGGACCUGCCUCAAUGUCGGCUGCAUCCCUUCAAAGGCUCUGCUUAACAAUUCCUACCUAUACCAUAUGGCUCACGGAAAGGACUUUGAAAGCAGAGGCAUUGAAAUCUCGGGGCUCUCGUUGAACCUGGAGAAGAUGAUGUCGCAGAAGAGCGGUGCAGUCAAAGCCCUAACAGGAGGCAUCGCACAUCUCUUUAAACAAAACAAGGUGACUCACGUCAAUGGCUUUGGGAAAGUGACGGGGAAAAAUCAGGUGACAGCUAUGUCAGCCGAUGGCAGCCAACAGGUCAUCAACACCAAGAACAUCCUGAUUGCCACAGGGUCAGAGGUCACACCCUUCCCCGGGAUCGAGAUUGAUGAGGACACGAUUGUGUCAUCUACAGGUGCUCUGUCUCUCAAGAAAGUUCCAGAAGAUCUCAUCGUCAUUGGAGCAGGAGUCAUCGGUGUGGAGCUGGGGUCAGUGUGGCAGAGACUGGGCUCCAAGGUGACAGCGGUUGAAUUUCUGGGUCAUGUGGGUGGUAUGGGUAUCGACAUGGAGAUCUCUAAGAACUUCCAGCGCAUCUUGCAGAAACAGGGCAUGAAGUUUAAGCUCGGCACCAAGGUCCUGGGAGCCAAGAAGAGGCCCGACGGAAAGAUCGAUGUGGCGGUGGAGGCCGCAGCUGGCGGGAAGAAUGAGACACUAACCUGCGAUGUGCUGCUGGUGUGUAUCGGCAGACGGCCCUUCACCAUGGACCUGGGCCUGGAGUCUGUGGGCAUUGAACUGGACAACAGGGGUCGCAUCCCCACCAACAACCGGUUUCAGACCAAAGUUCCCAGUAUCUAUGCCAUUGGAGACGUGGUGGCGGGUCCCAUGCUGGCCCAUAAGGCCGAGGAUGAAGGCAUCAUCUGUGUGGAGGGCAUGGCGGGUGGAGCUGUGCACAUAGACUACAACUGUGUUCCCUCUGUCAUCUACACACAUCCCGAGGUCGCCUGGGUGGGCAAGACGGAGGAGCAGCUUAAAGAGGAGGGCGUUCCCUACAAGGUGGGAAAAUUCCCCUUUGCUGCAAACAGCCGAGCCAAGACCAACGCGGACACAGACGGCCUGGUGAAGAUCCUCAGUCACAAGGAAACAGACAGGAUGCUGGGAUCACACAUCCUGGGAUCUGGGGCAGGAGAGAUGAUCAACGAAGCGGCGUUGGCUAUGGAAUAUGGGGCUUCCUGUGAGGAUGUUGCUCGAGUGUGCCACGCCCAUCCCACUGUGUCUGAGGCCUUCAGAGAAGCCAACCUGGCUGCGUCCUUUGGGAAAGCCAUCAACUUCUAAAGCUCUCGGCGCUCACACACCGUGUACAUAGCCGCUGUUUUCCAUGCCAACACUGGCCCACAAUCCUCUCUGUCUGCACAUUUUAGUGGGGCCUCAGCCUACAUUUAACCUCGCUGACCUGCAACCAGGACUCCUCUGCACACACACACACACACACACACACACACACCCCACACACACACACACACCAAACAAAAGCUGUACUGCAUUUAGUUGUCUUAUUUAACUGUUCUCAAUAAAGAAAUAAAGGGGUUUGGGUGGUAAAUAC